ACUUCAGAUAUCAGCACUGCCUUUCAUUUUCAAAGGAUCAGGUGGGGACUCAGACUGGGUAUUGCAUUGAUUAUAAUUACUCUACCAUGUUUGAGGUAUGUAUUAUCAGUAUCCGCUUGGAAUGGUCGCCGGUACAUUCUGGGUUCUAGUGGCCUUAAUCUGCCCACUAGAGUGUGCACAUGGUGUCUGGCAUUUUUAUGCUGGCAGAUGUUUAGUUAUCAGUCAAGUGAUGUUUAUCAUGAGAUCAGUAUCAGAUUAUUCAGUACUGGUAUCAGAUAUCAGUUUCAGUUUCAGAUUCAGUUCAGUUCGGUUAUAUAUGCCAGGAUCAUGAUAUU